AUGGUUAAUUCUACUCCAGACUCAAGUUCUUCCUCUCCUGCUUAUACUCCUGAACCUUCAAGUCCGCUAUUUCUACUUCCUUUCGAUGUAUCGAGUGUGUCCUUAGUUGUUGUGCCUUUUUCUGGGUCCAGUUUUGGGGGUUGGAGGAGGAGUAUGAUCGUGUCUCAGUCCGCUAGAAACAAAAUAGGUUUUAUCGAUGGUUCUUGCACCAAGCCUGUUGUCAAUUCUCCCCAGUACAGGCAGUGGGACAGGUGCAAUAAUAUGGUCAUAUCCUGGUUAAUCAAUUCCCUUUCUCCAGACAUAGCUGAAAGUGUACAAUAUUUUGAAACUGCUGAAAGCAUAUGGAAACAAUUGAAUAAUAGGUAUGGGACUGUCAAUGGAACUAAGCAACAUCUUAAUGAUGCAACCAUUACCAUCCCUGAUACUGUCUACAACAUCUUGUUGCAAGAUGAAAAACAGAGACAGGUUGUCCCCAAUACCCAACUUAAUCCAGAAUCAGCCUCUUUUAAUGCAAGUUCCAACAUUAACAGAUUCCCUUCUCAACUCUCAUUUACAAAACAAUAUACACAAAGGGUGAAUUUUGAUUCAAUCAGCCAAAAGUCCAAUAUUACUUUAUCUUGCAAGUAUUGCAAGAAACCUGGUCAUACAAUUGAGAAAUGCUACAAAUUACAUGGUUUUCCAUCAAAUUUCAAAUUCACAAAAGGUAAGAAGUUUAGUACUACUGCAAGUGCUGAGGGAAAAACUUCUGAACCUUCUGCAAUGUAUUCUCCAACUGAUCAAAGCUCUUUGAUCCCUGGUCUCACCAAAGAACAAUGCUCCCAGUUGAUGCAAUUGCUAAGUCAGUCUAUAUUGGGUGAAUCAGGGUCUCAACCUGUUCUAAUGGGAUCUGCCAAUUUUGCUGGUAGUACUUCUUCUCUUCCUGUGUGUUUAAAUGGUAGUUCUACUGUACGUAUGUUGACUAGUGUAGCUGGAAGGGUUUGGAUAGUGGAUUCAGGGGCAACUGACUACAUGACUUCAAAUAAGGAUCUUCUUUUUAAUAUUACACCCCUUCCUGUUCCUUACUUAGUUUCUUUACCCAAUGGCUAUAAAGUUAAGGUAACAUGUACAGGUUCUCUUACUAUGUUACCAUCUUUCACUCUACACAGUGUUUUAUACAUUCCAUCUUUUCAUUACAAUCUCAUUUCUGUGAGCAAGGCCCAUUCUAUGAAGAAGCUUCUGGAGCUUGGUAGAAUAGAUCAAGGAUUAUACAAAUUUCACCUCAACCAUCCUGCUCCUCCCACAUCUCCAAAUAAUUCUGUUUCUCUUUUUACAAAUGAAGUACAGAGUGCUGAAUUUUCUUUGCAUGGAAAUGCUCAAAAUGUGAACUACAAUUCUGCUCCUGUUUCACCUUGUGCUACUAUUCAAAAUGAGCAAACUGAGAACUCAUGUUAUGUUUCUACUUUACCUUCUUGUACUGUUCCAAAUAAUGUGAAUAAAAAUGAUGUUCUUUGGCAUCAUAGAUUGGGGCAUGUUCCUUUUGUUCAAAUGAAGCAUAUACCUUCUAUCUCUAAUGAUUUGUCUGCUAAACAGUCUUUUAUUUGUCAUUUGAUGACUAUAGCAGAGCAACAUGGACACAUCUUUUACACUCCAAGAGCUAUGCCUUCACUUUACUUAAAGCAUUCAUAG